AUGACCGACGCACCAUUCAGCUUCGUCCCGUUGGGCGCGAUCAUUCAGACCUUCGUCGUUAACAAGACCAAUAUUGUCCAGGGAUUCGACACGCAGGAUCAGUACGUCUCGCACAACUCUCCUUACUUUGGUGAAACCAUUGGGCGCGUCGCAAACCGUCUCAAGGGCGCCCAGCUCGCCUCCAUCAACGGCGGCAAGUCAUACCCUCUCGCUGCCAACGAUCGCGGCAACUCUCUCCACGGAGGUAUCAAGGGCUGGGGCAAGCGCAUUUGGGAUGGUCCCAAGCCCAUUGGCACCCGCUCCAUUCCUGGUGUCGACGGACUCGAGGGUGGCGAGACGGUCGAGUUCACUCUCACAAGCCAGGAUGGCGACGAGGGCUACCCCGGCACCGUCCUUGCAAAGGUGAUCUACACAACGGGCACGCAGUCGCUCAACGGCAAGACCGUCAACGUCCUGGGCAUCGAGUACGAGGCCACCCUCACCGAUGGUGCAGAGGAGACGGCUAUCAACCUGACCAACCACUCCUACUUCAACCCCGCCGGCGCCCCGGAUGCCAAGACGUAUGCUGGUACGACAGUGAAGCUGGCCACAAACAAGCACCUGCCCGUCGAUGCCAGCGCCAUCCCCACAGGAAAGGUUGAGCCCUUCCCUGGGCUAGACACCAGCAAGGAGUUCGCCAUGACCGAGAACGGCCCGGACGUCGAUCACUGCUUCGUCACCGUUGAUGAUCCCAGCUCGGUGCCCAUCGACACCAGGAACGAGCCCCUCAGGAACAACCUCACCGCGUACCAUUCCGGUACCGGCGUGCAUCUCGAGGUCCUGAGCACAGAGCCCAGCUUCCAAUUCUACACCGGCGUCGGCAUCAAAGUCCCUGCCGUGGGCAACGUGCCCGCCCGUGGAAACAGGGCUGGCUUCUGCUGUGAACCUGGAAGGUGGGUGAACGCCGCCAACGUGGACGGGUGGAAGAACCAAUGCAUCGUCAAGAAGGGGCAAACAUAUGGUUCCCGAAUCGUAUACAAGGGCUGGUCGGAUUAG